UCUUUCUUUCCUCUUCUUUCCGGAGCCCGAAUCCAAACAUUUUCCAAAGCAACAAAGAAAAGUUCGCACGCUGGCAUCGCGGCCGGGACAGGCUGGCGCUGCUACCGGGUUCCCCCUCCCUCCGACACUAGACUCAACCUUGCAAGCAAGUGUAUGUGUAUCCCCACCUCCCGCCCCGGUAACUCCCUGAGCUAGUAACAAAUAACCCACCAAGUGUCCCCUGGCGCGCAGCCCCUCCCCGCGGGCAGCGCACUAUGCUGCUCGGGUGGGCGUCCCUGAUGCUGUGCGCGCUCCGCCUGCCCCCGGUGGCCGCCGGCCCCGCCGCGGCACCUGCCCAGGAUAAAGCUGGGCAGCCUCGGGCUGCUGCUGUGGCUGCGGCCGCCCAGCCCCGCGGGUGGCGGGGGGAGGAGGCGCAGGAGCCGGCCGAGCCUCCAGGCCACCCGCACCCCCUGGCGCCGCAGCGCGGGAGCCUCGGGCUCGUGCAGAACAUCGACCAGCUCUACUCCGGCGGCGGCAAGGUGGGCUACCUCGUCUACGCGGGAGGUCGGCGGUUCCUCUUGGACUUAGAGAGGGACGAUUCGGUGGGCGCCGCUGGCUUGGUGCCCGCAGGAGGCGGACCGAACGCGACCCGGCGCCACCGGGGCCACUGCUUCUAUCGGGGCACGGUGGACGGCAGCCCGCGCUCGCUGGCGGUCUUUGACCUCUGCGGCGGCCUCGACGGCUUCUUCGCGGUCAAGCGUGCGCGCUACACCCUGCAGCCGCUGCUGCGCGGUCCCUGGGCAGAGGCGGAGGACGAUGCGCGCGUCUACGGGGAUGGGUCCCCGCGGAUCCUGCACGUCUAUACCCGCGAGGGUUUCAGCUUUGAGGCUCUGCCUCCUCGCACCAGCUGCGAGACCCACGCGUCCCCGCCAGGCGCCCGCGAGCGCCCCCCGGCGCCCCGCCGCCAGGACGGACGCUGGGCUCUGGCCCCGCAGCAGCUCCCGGGCCAGUCGGCUCCCUCGUCCGACGGGAGUCAGGGACCACGGACGUGGUGGCGGCGGCGGCGCCGCUCCAUCUCCCGGGCCCGCCAGGUGGAGUUGCUCCUGGUGGCCGACGCAUCCAUGGCGCGGAUGUACGGCCGGGGCCUCCAGCAUUACCUACUGACCCUGGCCUCCAUCGCCAACAAGCUGUACAGCCACGCCAGCAUCGAGAACCACAUCCGCCUGGUCGUGGUGAAGGUGGUGGUGCUGGGCGACAAGGACAAGAGCCUGGAGGUGAGCAAGAACGCGGCCACCACGCUCAAGAACUUCUGCAAGUGGCAGCACCAGCACAACCAGCUAGGGGAUGAUCACGAGGAGCACUAUGACGCGGCCAUCCUGUUUACUCGGGAGGAUUUAUGUGGGCAUCAUUCAUGUGACACCCUGGGAAUGGCAGACGUUGGGACCAUAUGCUCUCCUGAGCGCAGCUGUGCGGUGAUUGAAGACGAUGGCCUCCAUGCAGCCUUCACCGUGGCUCACGAAAUUGGACAUCUGCUUGGCCUCUCCCAUGACGAUUCCAAAUUCUGUGAAGAAAAUUUCGGCUCCACGGAAGAUAAGCGCUUAAUGUCUUCCAUCCUAACCAGCAUUGACGCAUCCAAACCCUGGUCCAAAUGCACCUCAGCCACCAUCACAGAAUUUCUGGAUGAUGGCCACGGUAACUGUUUGCUGGACCUACCACGCAAACAGAUUCCGGGGCCUGAGGAGCUCCCGGGCCAGACCUACGAUGCCAGCCAGCAGUGCAACCUGACCUUCGGACCAGAGUACUCGGUGUGUCCUGGCAUGGACGUGUGUGCCCGCCUCUGGUGUGCCGUGGUGCGUCAGGGCCAAAUGGUGUGUCUGACCAAGAAGCUGCCGGCCGUGGAAGGAACGCCAUGUGGGAAAGGGAGGAUCUGCCUGCAGGGCAAGUGUGUGGACAAAACCAAGAAAAAAUAUUACUCGACAUCAAGCCAUGGCAACUGGGGGUCCUGGGGGUCCUGGGGCCAGUGUUCUCGCUCUUGUGGGGGCGGAGUGCAGUUUGCCUACCGCCACUGCAAUAACCCGGCGCCCAGGAACAACGGCCGCUACUGCACAGGGAAGAGGGCUAUCUACCGCUCGUGCAGUGUCACGCCCUGCCCAGCUAACGGUAAAUCUUUUCGUCAUGAGCAGUGUGAGGCCAAAAAUGGAUAUCAGUCUGAUGCAAAAGGAGUCAAAACAUUUGUGGAAUGGGUUCCCAAAUAUGCCGGUGUCUUGCCUGGAGACGUGUGCAAACUGACCUGCAGAGCUAAGGGCACUGGCUACUACGUGGUGUUUUCUCCAAAGGUGACCGAUGGAACAGAAUGCAGGCCCUACAGCAAUUCCGUGUGUGUCCGGGGGAAGUGUGUGCGGACAGGCUGUGAUGGCAUCAUUGGCUCGAAGCUGCAGUAUGACAAGUGUGGCGUCUGUGGAGGAGACAACUCCAGUUGCACAAAGGUGGUUGGAACCUUCAAUAAAAAAAGUAAGGGUUACACUGAUGUCGUGAGGAUCCCCGAAGGGGCGACUCACAUAAAAGUCCGCCAGUUCAAGGCUAAAGACCAGACCAGAUUCACUGCCUACUUAGCCCUGAAGAAGAAAAACGGUGAGUACCUGAUCAACGGCAAGUACAUGAUCUCCACUUCGGAAACCAUCAUCGACAUCAACGGGACCGUUAUGAACUACAGCGGUUGGAGCCAUAGGGACGACUUCUUACACGGGAUGGGCUACUCGGCCACCAAGGAAAUUCUCAUUGUGCAGAUUCUUGCCACAGACCCCACAAAAGCCCUUGAUGUCCGCUACAGCUUCUUCGUUCCCAAGAAGUCCGCUCCAAAAGCAAACUCUGUCACCAGCCAGGGCAGCAAUAAAGUGGGCUCGCCCACCCUGCAGCUGCAGUGGGUGACAGGCCCCUGGCUUGCCUGUUCACGAACCUGUGACACGGGCUGGCACACCAGGACAGUGCAGUGCCAGGACGGGAAUCGGAAGCUGGCGAAGGGAUGUCUCCUCUCGCAGAGGCCUUCCGCCUUUAAGCAGUGUUUGCUGAAGAAGUGUUAGCCCUGUGGUUACGACCGUCUGCCGGGACGACUGAAAGGAUGGCUCGUGGAUGCUGGCGUGGCGAACACAGGGUCCACCUAAAGCGCAGAAAGUCGCACCCUGCGGUGUCAUUGUCAACGAGUCCAAUUAUGGGCAGAAUCUGCCCUCAGCGACCAAAAUGAAGGUGUGCACUGCUUCGUGGGACAGUGGUGACCUUGGAACGUGGAAACACUUGCGAGUUCUUGAACAUCCCCUGGGCCGAGGAGAUUGCAGAAACACGGAUGAAUGUAGAAUCAGGGGACAUUCGAAGA